CCCUCUCCUCCUCCCCAGAUUGUGCCAAAAGAAAAUACAAACCCAUAACGCCAACCAACUUCUUCUUCUUCUUCGUCGGUUUCUGAUCAUCGUCUGUCUCUCUCUCUCUCCUCCGGCGACAUUAACCAAGAGAGGGAGCAGAAGAAGGAGGCGAUCAGUUGUUCAUAAGAGAAGAAGAAAAUGGGCCGGAGAAGAUCAGGUUCGGCGGUCAACAAAUUGUUCGCUUGGGUUCGUAGGCAAUCGAUGAAGGUGAAGGUCUUUUUGGCCGUUACAUCUUUUCUAUCUUCCCUCAUCGCCCUUAGACUUCUUGUCAAAGACACAAAUCAGUUUUUCAUUGCUUCUGAAGCUGUUCAUGCCGCUGGUAUCAUCGUCCUUAUUUACAAGCUCACCACCCAAAAAAACUGCUCUGGCCUUUCAUUACAGACCCAAGAACUCACAGCUAUAUUUUUAGCUGUAAGAUUAGUCUGUAGCUUUAUGAUGGAACACGACAUUCACACCAUUCUUGAUUUCGCUACUUUGGUGUCUACUCUUUGGGUCAUUUACAUGAUCCGAUACAAGCUAAAGGCGACCUACAAUGAAGAUCUAGACAACAUGCCCAAAUACUAUAUGCUGGUCCCGUGUGCGCUUCUUGCUCUGGUCAUAUACCCGCAUACUUAUCAUUCUCAUUUGAGCAAAGUCAUGUGGGCGUUCUGUGUCUACUUGGAAGCCAUUGCAGUGCUUCCUCAGCUAACUAUGAUGCAGAAAACAAAGAUGAUUGAACCAUCUACCGCGCAUUAUGUGUUUGCACUCGGAGUUGCAAGAUUUUUGGGAUCUGCUCACUGGAUCAUUCAGGUGUAUGAGUCUGCUGGGGCGUAUCUGUUCUUAUUGGGAAGUGGUUACUUUUGGCUGCCAACAGUCUUGAUAGCAGAGGGGGUUCAAACGUUCAUCUUAGCCGACUUCUGUUACUACUAUGUUAGAAGUGUGGUGAACGGGCAACUUCUAGUGAGCUUGCCGCCGGUGUAGGAGAAGAAUGGCAUGAACAUUAAGUUUGAUGGGUUAGCAAUGAUGUACAUUAGUUUUUGAUGGGUGCUACUGCUGAACUGAAUGUGAAUGUUCCUGGCUUCUUAUCAUCUCAUCUAAUGAGAUGAACCAGGAAAUCUGUCUUGUUUUUUUUUUCUUUUUAAUUUUGAAUGUUUUUCAAUAUGUUAGGCUGACUUUUGUAAAGAUUACAAGUUAUAUGCUAAGUUUUGAAUUUCAUCAUUCAAAACGAGUUUGAA